ACAGCCCCAUGGACCGUGUAAAUUGGCGUAACAUCGUUAACGAUGUUUUAUCAAAUUAAUUGAUGUAACACCAACUAAAUAAAAAUAAAUAAUAGUGUUAUCAUGUCCUCUUCGAACGGGGCUCUGUAGUUACUUAUAAACCAGUGCUGGUUGUUUAUGUUUCACUUCGUUUACACGAGCUGUAGCAUCCUUUGUACUAAUCAGUAAUGGUAAUUAGGUUUCGAAGCUAACGUGUGAUCAAUCAACAUAAAAAUAUGUGUUUGGUGGAACUCGUCGUUAUACAAUUAGUGAUUGUGAGGAUGCUAAUAAUGGUAUUUGAAGGAAUAUUGAAGAUAGAAGCUUAGGGCAUAUUAAAAGUCCCAGUACUACCCCUAUCGCUACUGACAAAGAAGAAGAACUUGUGGGUUAAAAUCUCUAAGAAAUUCUGAACAUUUUUUUAAGGAAGCUCUGAAGACUACUUUGAAAAUUUUCUCAAGUACAUUCUAUGGAAGAAUUAUUGAUUAAAUUCCUGGAGAACUGAGGACUUUUUCGAGAAAUUCCGGGUAGAAUUUUGGAGCAAUCUGUGGAAUUACAGUUGUGUUCAGAAUACGUGAUCUGCAUGUUUACUUCAAAUAUGUGGCUUUCAAACAAUUCUUUUCAAUGUCGAAAAAACAACUAUUUUUUUUACCAGGUCGGGAAGCAAUAAAACUUUUUGUUGUUUCAAACUAACUCUAACUAACUCCUUGAUAAAUGGUUUAAACCAUAUCCGAGGAAAACCUUUGCUAUCAUCGCUCCAAGUCAUGCGAAUGGAAUAUUUUGUUUGGCAUCACUGUUAUUCUUAAUCAUUAUGACAUCAGUAAAUCAGUUUUACAGGUAAAGGCAAGGUUACAGGUCAUAUUAUUCAAAAUCAUAUCAUAUUUGGAGAAAUGGCAAACGAUAUUAUACAAAAUACUCGAAGUAAUAAUUUAAUGAUUAUCGAAGACGAGCGCAAUCAGAAGCGACUACAACACAUUUUGUUCGAGACGGCUGUACGAUAUGCAACUGGGAACAAACAUGUAAUUUUUGUAACUGAAAAACCAAUCGAUAGUGUUCCAUCAGAAGUGCUCAGCAACUACAGCUCUAUCUAUAAGAAAAUCAUUUUUGUUUAUUCAAAAUCGGCUGAAGCAAUCCUAUUGAAACUGAACGACAUCAAAGCCUGGAACUUCACACCCAGUUUGGUGAUAGUGGAAUCCAUUCAGAAUCUGUUGCGCAAACCUGGCAGCAGUGGCGAGGACCUAAAUUUCUCCUACAGCGUUUUCCUCUCGUCGGUAUUGGAUUCGGUGUGCUAUUAUUCACGCAAGCAGGGAGACAGAUCGCAGUGCAUCAUUACGAUGGCUAGGGACGUUAUCGAGACGGGACACUUGAUAGUGGAACCAUUCUUCCAACAGCAAAAUGUGAUUCCUGGACGAAGUAUCAACACAUGCUCUGAUGUGCUGGAUGCAUUGAGAGAAUGUGGCUGACAAUUUAAUUCAUUUCAUUCAAAGAAAAAAUUUCUAACAAAGAGCUGCUUUAAGUAUUACCUAUAUAUAUACCUAUAUGAUAUGAACCUAUAUAAAUGUAUUCCUAUCA